AUGCCAUCUAACGGGACCUCUCGGCCAGCACCACGGACGCCGUUGCCGUGCGGCAUCUAUGCCCCCACCAUGACCUUCUUCCACGCCGACACCGAGGAGCUCGAUAUCCCGACCAUCAAGAAGCACGCCGAGCGUCUGGCGCGCGCUGGUCUGGCCGGGCUGGUGGCCAUGGGCUCCAACGGCGAGGCGGUACAUUGCUCGCGCGAGGAGAAGCUGGCGGUGACGCGCGCAACACGCGAGGCACUGGAUGCGGCCGGCUUCACGAGCACGCCGGUAGUCGUGGGUGCGACCGAGGGCAGCGUCCGCGGCACGCUCGAGCUGAUCGGGCUAGCACGCGAGGCCGGUGCCGACUACACGCUCCUGCUGCCGCCGUCAUACUAUCGUGCGCAGAUGGUCGAGAGCGCGAUCGAGGCGUACUUUGUCGAGGUGGCCGAGCGAUCACCGCUGCCCGUCAUCAUCUACAACUAUCCCGGCGCCGUGUCCGGCAUCGACCUCGACUCAGACGCGCUCAUCCGGCUGGCCCGCCACCCCAACAUCGUCGGCACCAAGUUCACAUGCGGCAACACCGGCAAGCUGACUCGCGUCGCCCUCGCCACCGAGGCCAAGACGCCCGCUGCCACCGGUUCCGGCUACAUGGCCUUUGGCGGCAUGUGCGACUUCACCGUCCAGACACUCGUCAGCGGCGGCAGCGGCAUCAUCGCCGGCGGCGCCAACGUCAUGCCCAAGGUCUGCGUCCGUGUCUGGAACCUCUUUGUCGAGGGCAAGACCGACGAGGCCGUCGCCCUGCAGAAAACGCUCGCGCGCGGCGACUGGUUCCUUACAAAGGCCGCCAUUGCCGGCACCAAGCAGGCCAUCCAAACCUACUACGGCUACGGCGGUUUCCCGCGUCGCCCGCUUCCCCGUCUGCCUGCUGCCAACGUGGCCGCCAUUGCCGACGGCAUCGCCGAGGUCAUGGCCAUUGAGCUGGCGCUGUAG